AUGAUGAUGAACUUUAUUUUCCCUUUUCUAAUAAAGGUGUACGAAAAGGAGGAAAUCAUUCCAGAAAACCUGCUGGCCUACAUAACCUUCUGUGUAGUUACUGCACUGGAGUACUUACACAAGGAUCUGCAUGUCAUCCACCGCGACGUCAAGCCCUCCAACAUCCUGGUCGACAGGCUUGGCCGUGUAAAGGUAGGUUUAGUCUUUCAUACCCUGACUUUGCCCUAUUGCCUUAUUCUGUAUGACACUAACAGUGCUACUGCCACGGCAUUAAGUCGGAUUUCACAUCUGUUAGAAGGUUUCGCCUUAGCCAACCCUGUGGCUCUGACCAGUAAGCCACACUGUUUACGCUUGCACCCAGGCUCCCCUCCACUUACCAUUUAA